GGCUUUGUAUCCCUCAAUAAGAAAAGUUCUCUUCAAAGUUGGGAAUGAAAAAUAGUAGUGCUACUGAAGCUAUUGGAGCUCAAACCAUGUUGAUAGUAUUUAAGUCAUUUGAGUUUGAUUUCCUGCUGCACUUGAUGAAUGAAAAAUUUGGAUACACAAAUAACUUAUGCAAUGCUUUGCAAAAGAGGGAGCAGGAUAUCGUAAAUGCUAUGGAUCUUCUUGAGUUCACAAAGGUAGAAUUGAAUGUUUUGAGAGAAGAUGCUGGAUGGGAGGAAUUUCUCAAGAAGGUCACUUCUUUUUGUGAGAAGCACAAUGUUAAAGUUGUUCAUAUGAAUGGGAAGUAUGUUCCUAUGCAAAGAUCAAAGCAGUUCUUUAGAGGUGCCGUCAAUUACCACAGGUUUCAUGCUGGAAUAUUUUUGGGUAUCAUUGAUAGGCAAGUCCAGGACCUUAAUAAUAGGUUUGAUGAGCUUGCUGGAUUCUAUCCUCAUGACUUUGGAGUUGAAGAAAUGAACCAACUCUCCUUUCAACUGAACCACUAUAUUAAUGAUGUGAGGAAUGAUGAAGACUUCACAAACUUGAGAAGUCUAGCAGAGCUGUCCAUAAUGCUAGUUAAAACAAGCAAGGUUUCUCGGUAUGACCUUGUUUACAAACUUCUCAAAUUGGCGCUAGUUCUUGCAACAGCUGGUGUUGAAAGGAUCUUUUCUAUAAUGAACUUGAUAAAAAAACAAGCGAAGAAGUAAGAUGGGGCAAAAAUAUUUGAAUGGUUGCUUGGUUACAUUCAUUGAAAGGAAGUUCUCCUUCUUCUUGCAAGCUAAGGAUGGGGACAUCAUCUCCUAUUUUCAGAGCAUGAAAGACUGGAAAGUUAUCCCUUGUAAGCUUUUUUAUCAAUCUUAUUUUCUGUUUUCCUUUACGAACCGGUGCACCCUGUAUAUAUUUAAGAUGUUGUCCCUUGCCAUGUUUAUUAUUUAGCACAUCUAUGACUAUAUCUAUGUCUUAUGUGCGUGUA